AGCGGUCUCUCUACUUACUAGAAGUGGUUUGAUAUAGUCCUACGAGCCUAGCGCUCUUGUGCUUUCAUCAAAUUGUCACGAACUACAUCAGCAAACGUGAUCUUUAUCAAUCUAUUCGUAUAUAAUUCUUCUCUAUAAUUGAGUGAGUGCAAUAAAAUCUAAAUCAUGACACAAACUAUGAACACGCAAGAUCGGCAGCAGCAAAUGAACCAGCAAGGAGAACCUAUGCCCGCGGGCACUCACAUCGCCGACGUUGACAACCACGACGCGGAGCUGCAGCAGAUGCUCCAGGCCGGCGCGAUUUGUUCGGGCAAACAGAGUUUCUACGCCGAGUCGAUGCAGAAUGAUCACGAGCAGACCCACAUGUUGGUAGACCACCAUCAACAGCAAGCCAGCGGUGUGCAGCAAGUUGUUGUGCAGGGAACUCCUGUAGGUUGUGUGGCCUCCUCCGCGGGGAAUCAUGCGAACUUUGUCCAAGCGCCGGCGGUGGAUGCUGGUGAGAACAAUAAACCGCUUCUGAACACCUGCGCCACCUGGCUGCUGGUUGCCCUGUUGCUCACCUCGCUACUGGAACUGGGUGUUGGCGCGAUUCUGUUUGCUUUCGGGGUGGAAUUCGCGAACACGCUAUGCAAUGCAAGAAUGUAAUAUGGGUCUGGUGGAAGAGCGCUGCAAACUUUGGCAUGCUCGACCAGCAUUUUUAUAGCCCUCAAGUCUGUCAUGCAUCUUAAUUACACCCAAGCACGCCAGUUUUCUGUCAUUGCAAACAUAUCUGGGUGUAGAAACUUGUAAAGCAUGAGAAGUUGUAUCUGCGCUGCUUAGUGUUGUAGCUUUUGUCGAUGACAAGCUGCGUUUAUUUGCAUGACAAGAUGAAAAAGGGUCUCUUUAUCUUGGACACGCAUCACAAUUGCUUCAGUCAUGCCAGACAAGCAUGACAAACGCAAACCUUGCAUCCCACCAGACCCGGACUACAUAUUCGCAGUUGAUACACUCCGCUCCUCAACGAUUUUUUCCGCAACAUCAAUGUGUCGUACUCGUUUUACGGCCAGCGUUAUAUCGCCGCGGCCAAUGUUGGGGUAAAUGUAGUUGCCAAUCCCUGGCUUCCCGGCGUCCCGACCGGCUUGCUAAUUCCGGUUGGGUUUCUCUCUUUAGUCCUACCGGCGUUGAACCUCUUAUGGGAGAAGAGUCAGGAUCGAAAUCGACAAGGUGGAAAAAAUUUGUAAUGCAUAAAAUCGAUUUACCAGUUGGGCCUGGGCCCACCGUUUAUAGUCGGCGCAUGACAAAUUUCCUUUGCCUUUGAAGCAAGUUUCCGUCACGCUGGUUACAGGAGAAGGACUCGUCGUCCCCUCUGUCAUGCUAAUCAGCAGCCAAAUUCUCGACCCUUGCCAGCACUACGAGCUGCCUCCCUUGCGUCCUCUGCAACAGAGGCGAUUUUUGUUUGGGAUUUUAUGCAUGACAAAAUACUUUAUUUAACGUUGACACGAUUUCGAUCCUGUGACACCCCCAUACCUCUGGAUGGUGAAAAAGACCGGCGUGAAGGUUGAGUAUCUAAUCGCCUUAGUCAGUAUCUACGGACUGCAGCUGCUCUUCCUGGCUGUGAUGCAUCCCCUGUGGCUCUUGUCCUAUCCUAAGUAAAAACGUCACCACCUCCCCAGAGUCAAGAUAGUGGCUUCGCUACACAAAUCACGAAGUUUUUGCUGCUUCGCAUGACAAGUAUCUGGGCUCUUAGUGUAAAAAUCUUGUUUCAGGUAGCGUACUAGUGGAACCGCAUCACAAAUCGACUACCCUAUCCUGAUUCCAGCAUGACGAAGACAAACUCCCAGAUAUAGCAUUAGAAAACGGCCCUCAUUAUAUGGUCGUGGCUGCGCAUGAGAAACAUUUUUAGGGGACUAUGAAUGCAGGUUUAUUGCAUGACAUCAACUGUUGGGUGUGGGCCCCGUUUUUGCACAGGAUAUGUGCCCCGUCUUGUUCAUCUGCUGCCAGGCGCCGCACAGCUUGCCGACCUGGUUGAACCUCUUGCUGUCCCUUUUGAUUGUCGCCUCGCGGUACGGCCUCGGGACGCUGGCGGUGAUGUGCAUGCUGCGAAUUCGGCAGGGCGACGCGUUUGGCCAGGUAAAAGACCACCCGCACUACGGCAAGCCGCUGAUGCGGAUUGUCAAGGACUACGUCCGGUUUGGAUGGACGCGGAACGAGACGGUGUAAAAUGAUUGGUACAAGCAAGAGUAGUUCAACAGCUCAGGAGCUAGAAACAAAAUCUGUGUAUAGUUUUUAUACACAGGUCCUCGUCCACAACCACGACCAGGCAAGCAAUUUUGUCGGUCAACAGGGCUGGUUGUUCUACUUACAAAAAGCUUUUUCAUCAACAACAUCAUCAGAGGAAUUUUUACAACAGAAAGGGAAGAAACAUAACACAGACCCGAGGACCAGAAAAGAUUGGAUAAAGAGAUUCACCUCAACAAGUAGACCACAUCUUCUCGGGGAGCCGCAACUUCUUCUAGAGAUAACCAAGAAGUAGACACGGAGUUGUGUCACACCAUUGAUGAUCCUGUCAGCAUUGACACGAAGUCUAUCUUUUUUUACUUUCAAAAGGGAUUUACAAUAAAGGAGAAGAAAAAAUGUUUAUGUAUGAUUUUACCUGAUUCUAACCAGCUGCACUCGGUCGUCGUGCCGGGCUGUAGUUUAUUGGUUGCACCGCUCCAACUUGUAUGAUUUUGUGCGACGGGCGUCUUAAGGUAGGUUUUUCCACGAAAAAUAACCCCUGGUCGCUCUACGUACAUUUUUUUGCCUGUUACUUUGUUUUGACCUCUAUUUGCCUAUCUACAUUAUGUACAAUUUUUCGUUUUUCGAGCUGUCACAAAAUCAACACCUACGUUGGUGUUACGUUAUUGUGAAAGCUGCCCCUGCAGGUGGUUUCUCUCGUCGCCUAAAAGAACGGGCGGAAGAAUAUUAACUACCUUCGUUUGUGACCAUAAAAAAAAAAAAACUGGUAUUUAGGC